GUUUGAAUAUAGAGAAGGACCAUUUAAACUCUCUUUUCUCUUCUUCUUCUUCCAUUCUUCAAUUUUGGUGGUUGACGUGCAUUUGCAGAUCUUACUUCGCUUUCGCUCUCGUUUGGAUCUGCAAAUGCGCACCGUUUCGAUCACUUCCUCAGUAUUCUAUCCUAAUUGGAUUCUGAACCUCAUCGCGAACUAUGUUCAUAUGAUUUAUUAAUAGAGGGAGAGACUAUAAUGAUUUGGAGAAGCAAUUGGAGAGACAAUUGCAGUCCAGUGGGAGUCGGGGUAAGCUAUUUUAGUUAUCUAGCAACAAACUAUGGAAGGUGAGAGGACGAUCCCUGCUGUAGAUGGGGUGACAGAUGGCGUUCAGAAAAUUAGAGCUCUGCACGGGAGGACUACUGGCCCAACCAGGCGCUCUACAAAAGGACAAUGGACUCCUGAAGAGGACGAGACUUUGCGGAAGGCUGUCCAGCGUUUUAAAGGAAAGAACUGGAAAAAAAUAGCGGAGUGUUUCAAGGAUAGAACUGAUGUACAGUGCUUGCAUAGGUGGCAGAAAGUCUUAAAUCCAGAACUUGUCAAAGGGCCAUGGUCUAAAGAGGAGGAUGAAAUCAUUAUUGAUUUGGUGAAUCGAUAUGGGCCCAAGAAAUGGUCUACUAUCGCACAGAAGUUACCUGGACGCAUUGGUAAGCAAUGUCGAGAAAGGUGGCAUAAUCAUCUUAAUCCUACUAUAAAUAAGGAAGCAUGGACUCAGGAAGAGGAGUUGGCUCUCAUACGUGCGCAUCAGAUUUAUGGGAACAAAUGGGCAGAACUAGCGAAGUUAUUACCUGGAAGGACAGACAAUGCUAUAAAAAACCAUUGGAACAGUUCCGUAAAAAAGAAAUUGGAUUCUUACUUGGCAUCAGGCUUGCUUACUCAGUUACAAAAUGUACCACUUGCUGGAAAUCCGAAUCAACCUAUUGCUUCUGUCUCUUCGAGGUUGCAGCAGAGUGGAGAAGAUAAUGGUCCUAGGGGGACUGAAGGAGAGGAAGUUUCACAGUGUAGCCAGGAGUCAGCUAAUGCCGGUUACUUUUCAUCAGCCAGAGAGAUGAACAGUGUUGCUUUACUCACUGGAGAGGAAUACAGGCCAAAUGAUGAGCCUAGUCAAGCAUCCUGUUCAGAGCCAUAUUACGUGUCUCUCGACGAAGUAACUGCAUCACUUCCAGACAUGCCUGACCAAGAGAUUUGCACUUCUCAAUUCGUUGAACAGAAAUAUUCACACAACCCUGGAAAUUCCAAUAACGGGGAAGGCCAACUUGAUUUAAUUGACUUGACCAAUAUUUCCUCACUGGACUUUGGGCAGGAAUCAUCACAGUUCCAAAAUGAUUGCAUGAUGAAUGUUCCGUUUCAGACUUCGGGGGGGUUAGGUGUCGCAACAACCAUGCAACCGACAUCUAUGGACUCUGUUAAACCCGAACACAUGUUGAUGUCUGACGAUGAAUGUUGCAGAAUCCUAUUUUCAGAAGCAAUAAGCGAUGAAUGUUUUUCUUCUGAAGAUUAUAAUAAAGGUGUAAAUAUGGUUGAUUUAUUAGGAGGCCCCUCAUUUCUUUGUCAGUCAACAUUACAAUCUGUCCCCUCAGUUGUUUCUUCUUCUGGAGAUAGGUUGAUGUAUACGGCCGAAGCCAAUCAGUUGGUUGGGUCAGAGGAUCAGCAGUUUGUCUCCAGAACGCAGGAUAGCAUAAUUUAUGCCAGUGACUUGUCCAGUCCUCCUUGUAUUCGUAGGAUAGACAACACUGAAAUGCAAGAGCCAUCAGAUGUUGUCAAAGAUGAUUCGAAAUUGGUCCCUGUAAAUAGUUUUGGCUGUGGAUCAGACGCAAAGUCAACUUCAUAUCCAACGGACGAAAACUCAAAUGUGCAUACAGAACAGGACACAGGUGCUCUAUGUUAUGAACCUCCCCGCUUCCCAAGCUUGGACAUUCCUUUCUUAAGCUGUGAUCUUAUACAGACAGGGGGCGAUAUGCAGCAAGAAUUCAGUCCCCUUGGUAUCCGCCAAUUUAUGAUGUCUUCUAUGAACUGUCUAACUCCUUUUAGAUUAUGGGACUCGCCUUCUCGGGAUGAUAGCCCAGAUGCCUUGUUAAAAAGUGCGGCUAAAACCUUCACAAGUACACCAUCUAUAUUAAAGAAACGAAACCGAGAUCUCUUAUCUCCAUUGUCGGAUAAAAGAAUUGACAAGAAACUUGAGAUUGAAAUGACAUCAACCUUGAUAAAAAACUUUUCCCGAUUGGAUGUCAUGUUUGAUGACAAUGAGACUCAGGGAGCAGAUUUGAUUCCUCAAUCUUCAAUGCCAAAAAGGGACUCUGGUACCUCUGUUGAAGAUGAUAAAGAGAAUUGUGGACAAGCUGUUAAAGUGGAACUAGUAGGGGGAAAAAAUAAGCAUGCUAUUUUGGACGACAAAAUAUCUGAAAAAGAUUCAGGUGAUGGUAAUUCUCAGGAAAAAAUUAAGCAGCAACCUGUUGCUGUUGGUUCUGCGAUCGAUAAUGACGGUAGCGCUGCCGCGGAGAUUGUCCAACAACCGUCAGGAGUUUUGGUUGAACAUGAUGUGAAUGACCUAUUAAUGUAUUCACCAGAUCAAGUAAAAGUUCUUAGUUUAAGUGCGAGAACUAAAAAAAAUCCAUGCUCAAGGAUUAAUUCACCAUCUGUUUGGUUAAAGGAGCAUGAAAGACUUUCAGUUGCCGUUACUUGUAUACAUUCUGUCAGUUCAUCAGGCCCGGGGGAGAAUUCGGGUGAUCACACUGGAAAUGAUGGUGGUUUGGAAACAUGUAGCAUAUUUGGUGGAACACCAUUUAGGAAAAGCAUCGAGUCGCCUUCAGCAUGGAAAUCUCCUUGGUUCAUCAACACUUUUUUGUCCAGCCCCAGGAUUGAUACUGAAAUUACCAUUGAGGAUUUUGGGUACUUUAUGAGCCCUGGUGACAGAAGCUAUGAUGCAAUCGGGUUGAUGAAACAGAUUAAUGAACAAACUGCUGCUCAGUAUGCCAGUGCUCAUGAGAUCUUAGGAAAUGAAACUCCUAAGGCGUUACCUAAAGGUAAGUCCAGAAACGAUGAGGAUGAAGACCGGGAAGAUAUCGAUCCUAAUAAUCAGCGUGGGGACUGUUCUCAGUCGGCUUCAAGUUCCUUGGUGGAACGACGUGUGCUUGACUUUAGUGAAUGUGGAACUCCGGUCAAAGGUGAUAGCAGCAAAUCCUCAGCUAUGAGCUUCUCAAGCCCAACUUCGUAUUUGUUGAAGGGCUGUAGAUAAGUUGGUCGUGAACUCAAAUGCCAAAGCCUCCUGUUCUUGUACCUUCAUCUUCAAGUAUAAUUUACAUAUAGUUUACUAUUUUUGAAAUAUUAAUUUUUUUAUCCUGUUUAUAGUGACAAGACUUGAAUGCGUAAUUGUAAGAAAAAAAAAAUCUAUUUCGGUCUGUGACGGAUCAUGAUUCUUAGUUUGUCACAUCUAUAUAGUAGGCAAAUACACAUUGAUGGAUGUAGACUUCUCUUCUGCAAAAAUAGCUACAAAUUUCUCACAUUUCAUAACAUUCUUAGUUUAUCCUCUA